UCUGUGUGGAAUUUGUUGUUUACUUUUAGGUGUAAUCACGCAAUAAUAAUAUUUCGAGUCGAAUUCAAAAUUCAACGUUUAUUUUAUUCAUUUCUAGUAUUCAAGUAUUAUACCAAUACUUGUUGUACAAAUCCGACGAAUACCUAUAGGUAUCAGUGACUUCAAAGCAUGAUAUGUAUUUUUUUUUUUUUAACUGUAAAAACCGAAUAAAUCAUGAAAAAUAAUAAUACCAGUUUUUAAAACAAUCGUUUGCUGCACUUGAAUGAAUGUGAUACGCAAACGCUGAAACUCAAAUGUAUUUUUCCGUCGGCUGUUGAUUCAUUCGUUGUGGUUGUGAUUACGAUUUAAAUGUUUCAAUCAUGUCCGAUGCCUGGCAAGAGAUUCAAGCUGUGAAGAGCAAACGGAAUUCACUGCGGGAAAAACUUCAGAAGAGAAAAAUAGAGCGGCAAGUCAUUCUAAAUGAGUCAUCUGAUAAAAUUGUUCCUAGGGGAUCUCUUUUGCCGAGUACGAGUAAUGCUGAAAACGAAUCUGAUUUCGAUUGGAGCAAAGUUGGCGGCGAACGUGUAUUACUUGAAAUACUUGUUGAUGUAUCAGUUAAUCUUCCAAUCACAUCUCAUCAAUUGGUCACUGAUCUUUUAAAAAAAGAGUCUACCUACAUAUCACAUUCAUCUGUUGUUAAUUUGCUGUACAAAUUUGCUGCACAAAAUCUUAUAAGUUUAAAAAAUAUUACAAUUGAUGGCCAGCAAGGUUUGAAAAUAUUAACAGCUGAACAUGCAAAAUUACUUGCAAUGACUAAUAAUUUAUCAUCAGAGGUCGAUUCAAACUUGCAUCUUGAAAAAUCUCGGUUGCUUAUAGAAGAUAAAAUCAAGCAGCUUGAAUAUGAAGAUAUUGAUGAAUGCUUAAAAAAUCCAAAAGUACAAAAGUUAUCAAUCGAUUUUAAAAAGUCUGAUGAGUCUGAUGAUGACAUAAUGUCCCUUAUUUCAAUGCCUUCCAUUAAAGAAAAAGAAAUUAAAAAAAUUAGUGAAGAAAUAAUGGAACUGCUUACCAAACAAACAGUUAAAGAAAAAUCUUUAUGUGAAAAGUUUCGGUCUAAAGGAGGAACACAUGUUAUGGAAUUUUGUCCACAUGGUACUCGAUCAGAUUGCAUGGAAGGCCAUGUUUGUAAAAAGCUUCAUUUCAAAAAAAUUAUACAAAUGCAUACUGAUGAACUUUUAGGUGAUUGUUCUUUUCUGAACACUUGUUUUCACAUGGAUACGUGUAAAUAUGUUCACUAUGCAGUUGAUGGUGUAACUAGUAAAAUGAAUUUAGUAAACGCCCUUAAUAGUUUUCCAUCAAGAAGAGGGUUGAUUAAUGAUAAAUCUGAAUUACUUCCAUGUCAGUGGAUUCAGUGUGAUUUGAGGUUUAUGGAUUUCACUUUUUUAGGAAAAUUUGCUGUUAUUAUGGCCGAUCCACCAUGGGAUAUUCAUAUGGAACUCCCUUAUGGUACUUUAUCUGAUGAUGAAAUGCGGCGAUUGGGUAUUCCACAAUUGCAGGAUGAAGGACUUAUAUUUCUAUGGGUUACCGGCCGAGCUAUGGAGCUUGGCAGAGAAUGUCUAAAAUUAUGGGGUUAUGAACGAGUAGAUGAGAUAAUUUGGGUGAAAACUAACCAAUUACAAAGAAUAAUAAGAACUGGUCGAACAGGUCACUGGCUGAAUCAUGGCAAAGAACAUUGUUUAGUGGGAAAGAAAGGCAACCCUCGCAGCUUAAACUGUGGUUUGGAUUGUGAUGUAAUAGUGGCUGAAGUACGAGACACUAGUCACAAGCCUGAUGAAAUAUAUGGUAUUAUAGAACGAUUAUCACCUUUUACUAGAAAAAUUGAGUUAUUUGGACGGUCUCAUAAUAUUCAACCCAACUGGAUUACUCUUGGAAAUCAAGUAGAAGGUAUCAGGCUAACUGAUCAAGAUCUCAUAACAAAAUUUAGGAAAGCAUACCCAUCUGGAAAUUGUUUGACAACAUUAAAGAGGAAUACAUGAGUUUGGUUGUAUUGGUAUUGUUGCUGUUGUAUGAAUCCAUUAAUUUUUCUAAUGAUGUGUAAGAAAAAACAAAUAUCAGUUUGAAAAUGUUUUAUUUUAUUUUAUUAUGUUAUUUAUUUGUUGUAAAUUAAUAGUUAGUAUGUAAUUAUUAAAUUAUAACAAAUAAAAGUACCCAAAAUCAAUGGACCAGUUUAUUUAGUUAAAAUGUCAUUACACAAACAUAUAAAUUUUAUACAAUAUGUGUUGGCACUUGCUUUGCUUAAUAUUCUCGGGUCCGGUAAGACACAUAAUGUAAUAAACUUGACAGGCCAAUGCUUAAGUAUACAACUUGUUUGAGAGCAUAAUAAAUUAUUAAUUAAUAAAUAAUCUUAAAAUUAAAAUUCAAUACCCUAGAACCUAACUAUUAGGUAAUAUGUUUGAAUUUGAUUGAUUUUCAUGCCACGUUGCUCAAUUAUAUAAUAUUAUAAUAAUGUAGUACAUUAAAUCUAUACUAUAAGAAAAAAAACGUUUGAUGUUAUAAGAAUUUCACAAGUAGAGAAAAAUGUGUUACAAUGAUUUAUAGAAUAACUUGUGGCAUCGACAUCAAUUCUAACACAUUUGAGGUGGUUGACGUUUAAGGUAUUAUACAGUUUAAUUUAAUAUAUUGACAAAUCUCGGAUGUAAAUAAACGCUUCCAAUGUUUAAAAAAUCAUAUUAAAUUAAAAUACAAACAUAGUAUGUACCUAAUGUGUAUAAUACGAAGAAAAAAAA